CUAUUGUAUGUCAUAGCUUAGAAUAUCUCAAAAGACACCUUACUGUAUCUAUUGGUGAAUAAAUAUUUGUUUGAAGCUUAACAAUUUUGAACCAUCUUUUAUUAAUUUCUAAGUACUACUAGUUUCAAGAAUUUCCUCCCAAGUUUUUUGCGAUGAUCAACACGAGGUUUGUGUCACAAAAUUGGAACCUUUCAUGGGCAAUCCUAGCACUAGUGUUAUUGUCAAGCACACCAUUCUCAUCAGCUACUUUUAGGAAGACAAAAAAAUAUAUCCAAACACAAGUUUUUUUCUCUCCUAAGAUUGAACUAAGUCCAGGAUCUGUUUCAAAUAAAUUUUAUUAUGAUGCUGAUUUUCCAAGAGGUCAUAUUUCACUUAAGAGUUUCUUUGCUGAAGUAGUUAAUGAAUCAGGGAAUUCAGUACCUCUCCAUCAAACUUAUCUACACCAUUGGACUGUUACAAGAUACCACCAACCUAAAAAUGUGACAAACAAUAGUAAAGAAGGUAUUAUUUUAAAAAGAAAUCAUGGAUUUUGUGAAGAGAAUGUUAUUGAACAAAACUAUGGUCUUGGGUCUGAAACAAGAGGCACAAAUACAUAUAUUCCUGACCCUUAUGGCAUAGAAGUUGGUAAUCCUGAAGAAAUUCCAAAAGGGUACGUGGAAAAAUGGUUAAUUAAUGUUCAUGCUAUUGAUACCAGGGGUGUGGAAGAUAGAAUGGGGUGUAUUGAGUGUAAGUGUGAUUUGUAUAAUGUUACAAAGGAUGAAAAUGGAAAAAUAUUGAGUCCAAAUUAUAAGGGGGGAUUGCAAUGUUGUCCUGAUAAUAGUAAGUGUAAGUUGAGUAAAGGAUUUUUAGGACCAAAACAAAAUCUUUAUUUAAAAUACACUAUUAUGUGGAUCAAAUGGAAAAAGUAUAUGGUGCCUGUCAAGAUUUAUAUAUUUGAUGUGACUGAUAGUUUGAAGAUUUCAGAUAAGUCUAAAGAAAAGAGACUAAACCAUGAUUGCAAGAUUGAAUAUGAAGUUGAAACUUGCAACACAAGUUUUGAGAAUCCAAGUAGUUGUGUCGAUGUCAAGAGAACAAGCUUCCCAAUGCAAAAUGGUGGUUAUCUCAUCUAUGGAGUUGGUCAUCAACAUUCAGGUGCAAUUGGAUCAACUCUAUAUGGAAAGGAUGGGAGAGUUAUAUGUACUUCAAUCCCAAAGUACGGAAAAGGAAGGAAAGCAGGAAAUGAGAAAGGGUAUAUUGUAGGAAUGUCAACAUGUUACCCUAAACCAGGUUCUAUCAAGAUAUUUGAUGGUGAGACUUUAACAUUAGAGAGUAACUACAGUAGCAACAUAAGUCACUCUGGAGUAAUGGGACUUUUCUAUUUCUUGGUGGCAGAAAAGCUACCACAUUACCAUGUUUAA